AUGGCCGGUCACGCAACCCCAGAAGACUAUCUGGAGAGAACAUAUGCUGGUGUCUUGGGAAAGCUGGUUGGAGUCUAUCUUGGCCGCCCUUUCGAGCAAUGGACCUACCAACGAAUCUUGAAAGAGCUGGGUCCAAUCCACUACUAUGUUCACGACAAGGUCAAAUCACCGCUGGUGGUGACCGAUGACGAUGUCUCGGGGACAUUCGUCUUUAUACGAGCCUUGGAAGAACAUGGCAUCUCGGCCGACACCAACUUCGAAGCUAUUGCUGAAGACGUUGGGAGGACCUGGCUGAACAACACUGUCGAGAAGAAGUCUAUUUUCUGGUGGGGAGGCCGAGGCAUCUCAACUGAACACACGGCGUAUCUCAACCUGAAGCACGGCAUCAAGGCGCCCGCCAGUGGCUCCAUCGAAACGAACGGCAAAACAGUAGCCGAGCAAAUCGGCGGCCAAAUCUUCAUCGAUGGCUGGGGUCUGGUGGCUCCUGGGAACCCUUCGCUUGCAGCCAAGCUGGCCCGCGCGGCAGCAUCUGUUAGCCACGACGGCGUCUCCGCAGAGGCCGCAGUCCUAUGGGCAGCCAUGGAAGCUGAGGCUUUCAAGUCCAAGGACGUCAAUCAUCUCCUGUCUGUGGGACUAAGCUUCAUAUCAGAUGAAUCACCACUGAGGAGGCUGAUUGCCGACAUCCGACAAUGGGCAGAGACCGACCAGGACUGGGAGAAAACCCGUCAGCGGAUCGAGGAUAAUUAUGGCUACGACAAGUACAAGGGUCCAUGUCACGUCAUACCGAACCAUGGUCUCAUGAUACUAGCCCUUGUCUAUGGUGGCGACAGCUUCCACAAAGCAAUGCACAUUAUCAACACGGCUGGUUGGGACACAGACUGCAACUCUGGUAACAUUGGGUGCCUGGUGGCUCUGAUGCAUGGAAUGGCCAGUUUCGAGGGUGGCCCUGACUGGACUGGUCCAUUGGCCGAUAGAGCCUUGGUCUCGAGCGCAGACGGAGGCUACUCUGUGAACAACGCCGCACGAAUCGCGUAUGACGUGGCCAACAGCGGUCGACGGCUUGCGGGCCAAGACGCUCUGCCUUCACCCAAGGCAGGGGCACAAUUUCACUUCACCCUGCCGGGAAGCGUGCAAGGCUUCAUGGUCGGCGAGAACAAGUCCCCUGGAAGCGCCGUUGACGUGCAUCAGGAGGUGGAUCACGCCGGACGUACAGGGUUGGCUAUUCACAUUGAUGGUCUGUCGUCUUCCUCACCUCCCGUCGAGGUCUUAUCGCAGGUAUUCACGCCAACCGAGGUACAGACCAUGAAGAAAACGUACGAUCUCAUGGCAUCCCCGCUGGUGUACCCCGGGCAAACAGUCACUGCGGCACUCAGGGCCGAUGGCUCCAACAGUCAACCCGUCGCGGUGAAUCUGCGGCUGAAGCACUACACCGUUACCGACACUCUGCUGACGCGAGAUGGGCCAUCCACCACUCUGGCCCCCAACGGCGAGUGUACGCUACGGUGGCAGAUCCCAGACGAGUUUGACAGCCUGCCUAUACAACAGCUUGGGCUCGCAUUGACUUGUGCCGCUGAGGGAGAUCUCAAAGGUGUCUUACGGCUUGAGUCGCUCUCGUACGGUGGGACACCGAAUACCGUCCUCAAGCGACCUUCCGCCCUCGCGGAGCUUCCUCGUGAGCUCACCAGGCCGGGUGUACUCUUCAGCUUUUGGUCACGGGCAUGGAUCCACAACCUUGAUACGUUCGCCCUCAGAUUCCCAGAGUUCUCCUUCUGGAUCGCCCAGGAUCAUGGCGAAGGCAUCCUCACGACGGGAGCAAGAGACUGGACAGACUACACCCUGACCGUGCCGGGACUCAUGGUCAGCUAUGGUAGCGCGGGCGUGGCAGUCCGAGUGAGAGGCCUGAACAGAUACUACGCCUUCGUCUUCAAGAAGGGCGCAAAGGAGGUGGCUGUCGUGAAGGCAAGGGACGAGUCUCGGACAGAGCUUGCCUGCGUGGAGUACCCGUGGGAUUUGGACACGACGUACUCGGUCCAGGUUCGCGCUCAAGGGGCAACUAUUACCGCCUUCGUCAAUGGCACGCAGGUUGUCGCCGCAAAUGACGACGAGUAUGAGGGCGGUGGCAUUGGGGCAAUCGCCACAACGGGGAGUGUAGGGAUCCACGAGUUCCGCGUCGGGCCUUGUUCUUAG